AUGGAACUUCGCAAAUGGAAUACCAAUUCCAGCCAACUGCAGAACCUAUUCAAUCAAAAGGAAGGGAACGUCGAUAAUUCACCUCACAUCACGUCAAUCAAGUCCCACGAAGUCAGAAAGGUACUGGGACGGGUGUGGGACAAAACCACAGAUUCCUUCACGUUCUCUAGUGACCAUCUCUUGGAGAUUCUCUCGACAAACAUGACUACAAAACGCCUCGUCCUUAGAGCCUCUGCUAGGAUCUUCGGUCCCCUAGGGUUCCUCUCACCUUACGUCAUACGAGUAAAGAUUUUGUUCCAACGUAUAUGGCAACAUGGUCUGGGAUGGGAUGAAGAACUACCAGAAGCACUACGGCAAGAGUGGACAACGUGGUGCGCCGAGUUAAAGGACUUACCACGCAUCAUGGCUCCGAGACACUUACAGAAUGCGGAUGGUGAGAGCAAGCUGGAGCUUCACGUUUUCACAGACGCCAUCCCUCAGGCUUAUGGUGCCUGUGCCUAUCUUCGCGCCGUGGACAGAAAAGAAAAUGUCAGCGUCACUCUGGUGUCUGCCAAGUCCAGAGUUGCCCCACUUAAGACGCUAACCCUCCCACGACUAGAACUGAUGGGAGCCCUAUUGGGAGCACGCAUGGCUAAAUAUCUGUGUACUGUUUUGUUUGGUGUCGUAGUUACGCUAUGGUACUGGACAGAUUCAAUGAUAACCCUCGGUCGGAUUAAAGGAUCAGCAACUGCAUGGAAACCUUUCGUCGGUAACCGAGUGACAGAAAUACAAGCACUAAGCGAUCCCUCUAAUUGGCACCACUGCCCGGGCAGCGCGAACCCAGCAGACGCCCUAACUAGAGGGAAGACGGUAAUGCAGCUAAGUGCGUAUCAGUUAUGGUGGUCUGGUCCUGAGUGGCUUUCCUGA